UUCUAUUAUACUAUACAAAGAUCUGAAGCAAUUCUGAUGGAGCAACAUCGUGCACCCGUUCCGAUUUGUACUAUAAAAAUGAAUCUCUAUUGUUGUGCAAAGUGUCCAAUCAAAUUGAAGGAAAAGUUGCAGAAACUCAAUGGAGUGGAGGACAUAAACAUAGAUCCAGAACAAGGAUUAUUAAAAGUUUCAGGUGACAUAGACCCUAUGGUUCUCACAAAUAUAGUCAAAAACAUGGACAAAAAGGCAGAACUUUGGUCCUUCCAGAAAGAACCCUACAAAAACAAUGUUAAUAUUGGUGCGUCUACUAAUUACAACAUCCAAAUUGGCGAAGAUUGCUCUUGUGAUGGCGAUGAGGCUGAAAGCAGUUCGGAUGAUGAAAGCAAACGCAGUAUUGCACCCAAGAAGCAACAUGGAGUUCUCACUUGGGCCAAAAAUGACAAGAAGAAGAAGAAUGGGAAGGGAUUUUCUGGCAUGGGAAUGGGCAUGGGCAUACCUAUGCCUCCUCAGCAUCGGCCGCCUAUGCGGCCAUCUAUGGGCAUUCCGGCCCAUAGGAGUUUUCAUGGGAUGCCCGGGCUCGGAUACCGGUCACCAAACCCAUAUUAUCAAUCAAUGGAGUAUCAUAGACCGUCACCGCCACCAUAUGAUUACUACGCACAAAUUCAGCCACCACCUUAUUCAUAUUUUCAGUCAAGAUCGCCACCCAAAGUUAACCCUAUUGUCCACUACACUAAUUAUGCGGACAACUAUCGGUACCCCAUGUAGGCUGGUCAUAUAUUGUUGAUUGAACAUGCCUAGCCCAUAUAUUUUUUAAAUUGUUGCUAGGUUAAUUUAUAUGUACAUGGGUUUUGCUUUCA